AUGGAGGAUGAAAUAAAGGAGCUUAAGUCAGUGUUAAGGUCAUUAGUUGUGUCAAGCCCAACGCAAGUAGAUGUUCGUACUCUGAUGCGAGACUACCGUAGCAUGGUUGGAAAGCCCAUACCGCUUGCCAAGUAUGGGUACAAAGACCCUGUUCAAUUCCUUAAGGAGAGGUUUACUGACUGUUUUGUGUUUCAAGGGCAGGCUCUUAAUCCAGUGCUGACAUUAAUUGUGCCCGAUUCACUGAAGCACAUUGACAAGUUUGUACAAAAACAAAAAGUAACCUCAACACAUAAGAACAAAGAAAAGAGAAGAAGCAUUCCUGUCGCCAACCUCUCACCAAAACAAAACCUUAUUUGUGAAAGUUUUACUCAGAAGCAAAAAAUUAAAAGUCAAAAUAGUGUAAAAAAAGUGCUAGAAGUAGAUAAAGACAAAAUAACAAAUCAAGACACAAAUCCUCAAGAAAAUAAUGUUAAUUUAGAUUCUAAUCAUAAAGAGAAAGAUUCCUCUAAAGAUGACACUGAUUCAGGCAGACAGACUUCAUCUAGCAAUGACAGCGCUAAAUGGACCCAGUUGGAGGAAUUGAAAGUAGAAAUUAAAAGUCUCAUACUGGACCACCCUGAAGGUGUUUGGUGCACUGAGCUCAUUAGGCUUUACAGGGAGCGGUACGGGCGCGAGCUGAACUUCUCCCGCUUCGGUUACACGAGCGUGCUGAGCCUGGCGUGCGUGCUGGAGGACAGCCUGAGCAUCUGGCGGCCCGAGGGCGCCGCCGACUGGAAGCUGCUGGCGCGCCGCCCCCCCUCGGCCACGUCGCCCCACCCGCCCCCGUCGCCCCAAAGGCCCCACCCGCCCCUGCCGCCCCACCCGCCCCCGCCGUCCGACGCGGUGGACCCCGACGAUGCGUUGCCCGGCAUUGAUUUUGAGGCAGACGUGUUUCCGGCGGACUGCAUGCACUACAUGGAGAGCAUCCCGCACGCGGAGAUGCCCGAGGAGUCGAUGAUCGAGGUGCAGGUGGGCGAGCUCUACUCGCCCUCGCACCUCUGGCUCAUCCGUCUCGGCGACGCGUACAACAUCGCCAUGGAGGAGCUCAUGGACGAGAUGAACGAGUACUACUGGCGCGGCGAGGGGCGGGGGCGCGUGCUGGCGCGCGGCGCCGUGCGCCCGGGCCACUACUGCAGCAGCUGCUACGAGGGCGACUGGCACCGCUCGCUCAUCGUCAAGGUGCUGGACAGCGACACCGUCAAGGUGCGGCACGUGGACUACGGCACGGUGGAGCGGUGCGCGGCGGCGCAGCUGCGGCCGCUGCUGCGGCGCUGGGCGCGGCUGCCGCAGCAGGCGCUGCGCGCGCGGCUGGCGGGCGUGCGGCCGCCGGCGGGCGGGCGCCGCUGGCCGCGCGCCUCGGCCGCGCACCUGCUGCGGCGGCUCAGCGAGCGGCGCCUCGUGGCGCAGCUGGUGGCGCGCGCCCCGCGCGAGCUGGAGGUGGUGCUGGUGGACACGUCCGCGGACGAGGACGUGUGCAUCAACGCGGAGCUGGUGCGCUCGGGCCACGCGGACGCCAGGGCCGACUGCUGCCUCGGGGUGAGUGGGUCCGGCGCGGGCUCCGGCGCCGGCGAGCUCGACGUGCGCUCGCUGGCCACCGCCGUGGCGCUCUUCGGGCGCGAGGCGGACGCGGCCAGCGAGGCGUCGGCCUCGGCCAGCCAGGUGGCGGGGCCGCGGCGCCUGGCCACGUGGGCCUGCGACGAGGAGGAGGAGGAGGGCGCUGGCGCCGCGGCCAGUGACGUCAGCGGCGCGGGGUCGCACGCGUCCGGCCGCCUGGCGCGGAUCGGCGCGCUGCACGAGCGGCUGCGGCCCGGCUGGCGCCCGCGGAGCCUCGAGAGCCAACUGCUGCAUCGCAAGCUCGAGCUGGCGAACAAGCUGCAAGAG